UAUUUGUUUUAUGCCCUUUUUGUCAUACAAAACUUGGAAUAUUUUCAGAAAUAAUAUUUUAAAGUGUAAUAUUUGAUGUGAAGUAAUUGGAGCCUUGAACUAGUCAAUAAUUCUUGAUUUUGAUUCCUUAAUAUUUAGAUAGUUUUACCCCAAAAAAUAUCCACACAAUGUUUUAAAAUUAAGUCACACAUUAUAAUUUUUUUCAUUAUUUUUUUGUAUUUUAUUUUUUGUUUGUUGUAUGCCCUUUUUGUCAUAGAAGUCUUUUGUUUUUAUUGGGAACAUACAAAAUAUACAACACGUCAAAGUGGAAUAAUUGAUGUGGAGUUUUAAAAAGUUCAAUAAUUCAUAACAUUGAUUUUGAUUCGUUAUCAUUUUUGUAGCAACGACAGCUUUAGAAUUAUUGGGGCUCCAAAAUAAUCCGACUCAUAAAACUGUUAAAAAUAUAUAUUUUUACCUUCAACACUUAACUCUCUUGAUCAACUUCAAAUUUAUCCGUCGAUUAUAAGUUUUUAUCAUCAUAUGUUGUUUUUUUAAUUUGUUUGUUUUAUGCCCUUUUUGUCAAACACAAUUUAUUUUUAAUUGCAAACAAAUAUGCAGUAUUUUACAGGUAAUAUUAGAUGUGAAGUAAUUGGAGCAUUGAACCGGUCAAUAAUCCACUUCCAAAGACAUGCGCCUGGGGAUAGGUUGAUCGGCAACACUAAAUCGGCACUAGAGUGUAAAUGUUGUCCGUCUAUCUGUGUUGGCCCUGCGAUUAGGUAGCGACUUGUCCAGGGUGUACACCGCCUUCCGCCCGAUUGUAGCUGAGAUAGGCGCCAGCACUCCUCGCUACCCCGAAAGGGAAAAAUCGGUAGAAAAUUGAUGGAUGGAUGGAUUUUGAUUCAUUAAUAUUUAGAUAAGUGUAGAAAAAAAAAAAUUACAAAAAUUCCCAGGGAUCCAAAAGGGCCCCACCCAUAAAAGUGUUAAAAUUGAUUUAUACAUUCAAAUUAUUUUAUAAUUUAAAAAAAUAUAUAUUCUUUUGUUAGUUUUAUGCCCUUUUUGUCAUCAAAAACUUGAAAUAUUUUAUCAAAUAACAUUUAAGGUGGAAUAUUUGAUGUGAAGUAAUUAGAGCCUUAAAUAGGUCAAUAAUUCAUAACAACAUUGAUUUUUUUUUUUUUUCAUUUUUUAUAAUAACAGUUUUAAAGGAGAAAACAGCCUGCACAGCAGCUUUGAGUUAUUAGUGUCAACAAUGGAACUUUUGCUCGUUAUAUUUCACUUGUAUGCUCUUUUAUUCCACUUUAUGUAUUCUCAAGAAUUUUCAAGAAAAUUUAAAAUUUUCAAUAGUUAUCAAAAAAUUUUUUCUUUGUGUUUUGUAAACACUUUUAGUUAAAACAGUUUCUUUAACUGUAACAAAUUAGUUCAUUGUUUUAUUUAUUUGCUUAAAGUAGCAGCAAAAUGGAGAACCAAGUUGACUUUUUAUGUUUAAGAUUAAUGUUUCAUUGUAUCCAUUUAACCGGGGGUGUACAAACUACGGCCCGUGGGUCAAAUGCGGCCUGCCAGCGUCUUCAAUUAGGCCUGCAAGACGUUAUGAGUCCAACAAAGCAUCGCACCGCAGAUUGCUUUCAAAUUAAUCCUAAAUACCAGGCAGUCUCUAAAUGCUACAUAUUUGUGGACAACGUCAAUCAAUCAAUAAAUGUUUAUUUAUAUACAGGGAUGGGAAUGAAGAUUUACAAAAUCAGCUGAACAUUUUUUAAUCCUAAAAGCUUUGUUGUAUUAGUCAACGUUGCAACUUUUUCUAAAUUACAUUUAGCCUUUAAGCUUUUUUAUUUCACUUUUGUUUAUGUUUUUGUUUUUUUUAAUAGUAUUUUUAGAAUGUGUCGUGGGUGUCAUGCCUGUAAUUCAGUUUUAAGUUUGAUCAUGUUUGUUUUGUUUUUGGACUCUUGUUUCCCGUUUUACACUUCCUGGUUUUGUUUGUUUCCAUAGUAACCCAUUAGUUUCCACCUGGUCUCCAAGUCACGCCCAACCCUCAGUCCCACACCGGUUUCUAAUCAUCAUAGCUGCUAUUUAUACCAUUCUGUUUUUGUCCUCAUCCUGCGAACUUUGCUAUUUGCCUUCAUUGCAUUGCCUACCUAUGCUGCUCAUUCUCCAUGCCCACGAUCACCUGCCACGCACCUUGCUAUUCUUGCCUCCUGUUUUUGUGUUCACACGAAAGAACAACUGCUGUUUCUUUUUCCUCCCCAUCAUGAGACGUGAGCCAAGGAUGCGCGCCGGGGGCCAGUUUGUUGUGGUCGUCAGUGAUACGAGGACCAGCAAGAUCUCAGCAUGAGUUAUUUGGGGCAAGAAAAGUGAUAUCCAUGUACUUGAGGACCCCCGGGGGAGGACCAUGGCAAAGAGGAAAGGACUGUUACUGUCUCUGCUCUCCUUGAUAGCAGAGUUCUGGCUCAGUUGGCAGCAGGUCUUGAGGAUUGGUGGCAUCUUCGAGACGCUGGAGAACGAGCCAAUCGGUGUGGAGGAGCUGGCCUUUAAAUUUGCAGUGACCAACAUCAACCGGAACCGGACCUUAAUGCCAAACACCACGUUGACUUACGACAUCCAGAGAAUAAACCUGUUUGACAGCUUCGAGGCGUCCAGGAGAGCCUGCGACCAGUUGGCGCUGGGUGUGGGGGCCGUGUUCGGGCCCUCGCACAGCUCGUCGGUGAGCGCCGUCCAGUCCAUCUGCAACGCCCUGGAGGUCCCCCACAUCCAGACCCGCUGGAAGCAUCCGUCGGUGGACAACAGGGACAGCUUCUACAUCAACCUCUACCCAGAGUACACCUCCUUGAGUCGAGCGGUGUUGGACAUAGUGCAGUACUACAAGUGGAAAAUGGUCACCGUGGUCUACGAGGACGCCACGGGUCUGAUUCGCCUGCAAGAGCUGAUCAAAGCGCCGUCCAGGUACAGCAUCAAGAUCAAGAUCCGCCAGCUGCCGAUGGGAAGCAAAGACGCGCGGCCGCUCCUGAAGGAGAUGAAGAAGGGCAAGGAGUUCUACGUCAUCUUCGACUGCUCCUAUCAGACCUCGGCUGACGUGCUCAAGCAGAUCCUGUCCAUGGGGAUGAUGACGGAAUAUUAUCACUUCUUCUUCACCACUCUGGACUUGUUUGCGCUGGACCUGGAGCCGUACCGCUACAGCGGCGUCAACAUGACAGGCUUCCGGCUGCUCAACAUCGACAACCCCCAGGUGGCCUCGGUGGUGGAGCGCUGGUCCAUGGAGCGACUGCAGGCUCCUUCCAAGGCUGAGACGGGAAUGAUGGAGGGCAUGAUGACGACGGAGGCGUCGCUGAUGUACGACGCCGUCUACAUGGUGGCGGCGGCCUCGCAACGGGCCGCCCAGAUCACCGUCAGCUCGCUCCAGUGUCACCGCCACAAGCCCUGGCGCUUCGGAGCACGCUUCAUGAACAUGCUGAGAGACGCCCAGUGGAACGGCUUAACGGGACAAAUAAUCAUCAACAAGACUGACGGCCUACGGAAAGAUUUUGAUUUGGACGUGAUCAGCCUCAAGGAGGACGGCUUGGAGAAGAUAAUCGCGGGCAACAAUCGCCUGAAUAAAGUGUGGAAAAAGAUUGGCGUGUGGAACUCCCAAACCGGCCUUAAUUUAACAGAGAACAACAAGGACAAGUCCACCAACGUGACCGACUCCAUGGCCAACAGGACCCUCAUCGUCACCACUAUUCUGGAAAACCCUUACGUGAUGUACAAGAAGUCUGAUAAGCCGCUGUAUGGAAACGACCGUUUCGAGGGCUACUGCUUGGACCUCCUCAAGGAGCUCUCCAACAUCCUGGGCUUCUCAUACGAAGUCAAGCUGGUGUCAGACGGCAAAUACGGCGCCCAGAACGACAAAGGGGAGUGGAAUGGCAUGGUGCGGGAGCUAAUUGACCACGUGGCCGAUCUGGCGGUGGCUCCCCUCACCAUCACCUACGUCCGGGAGAAGGUGAUAGAUUUCUCCAAGCCCUUCAUGACUCUGGGAAUCAGUAUACUCUACCACAAACCCAACGGCACCAAUCCGGGGGUUUUCUCUUUCCUCAACCCGCUGUCCCCUGACAUAUGGAUGUACGUGUUGCUGGCUUGCCUGGGUGUGAGCUGUGUGCUCUUUGUCAUCGCCAGGUUCACUCCCUAUGAGUGGUACAACCCUCACCCCUGCAACCCGGACUCAGACGUGGUCGAGAACAAUUUCACACUCAUAAACAGCGUGUGGUUUGGCGUCGGAGCACUCAUGCAGCAAGGGUCUGAAUUGAUGCCCAAGGCCCUUUCCACGAGGAUUGUCGGUGGAAUCUGGUGGUUCUUUACACUGAUCAUCAUAUCGUCCUACACUGCAAACUUGGCUGCCUUUCUCACCGUGGAGAGGAUGGACUCGCCCAUCGACUCCGCCGACGACUUGGCCAAGCAAACCAAAAUAGAGUAUGGCGCCGUAAGAGACGGCUCCACUAUGACUUUCUUUAAGAAAUCCAAGAUCUCCACCUACGAGAAGAUGUGGGCCUUCAUGAGCAGCAGAAAAAACACCGCCUUGGUGAAGAACAACCGCGAGGGGAUCCAGCGGGUCCUCACCACCGACUACGCCCUGCUGAUGGAGUCCACGAGUAUCGAGUACAUCAGCCAACGCAACUGCAACCUCACGCAGAUCGGAGGUCUAAUAGACUCAAAGGGCUACGGCGUGGGCACUCCGAUUGGUUCCCCUUACAGAGACAAAGUGACCAUCGCCAUCCUGCAACUCCAGGAAGAAGGCAAGCUGCACAUGAUGAAGGAGAAAUGGUGGCGGGGCAACGGCUGUCCCGAGGAGGACAGCAAAGAGGCCAGCGCUCUGGGCGUGGAGAACAUCGGGGGCAUCUUCAUCGUGCUGGCGGCCGGACUCGUCCUUUCCGUUUUCGUCGCCAUCGGAGAGUUUAUCUACAAGUCCCGGAAAAACCUGGACCUCGAGGAGGUCAGCGUGGGCCAGUGCGAGUGGCACAACAAGUAUUAACGCGCGACAUUUGGGGACGCGCCAAUGCAACAGGACUUUUGAGCGAUUCUACAGGAAACCGUGUGAGACUGCAUUGUUACAAUCAGGACUGUUGAGUUUAGUGUUUGCAUUAGUUUUGAUGUAGAGCUCAUGGAUCUGAAGGCAUGAAAACCCUUUUGGCAUCACGAUGCUUGACCAGGGCCUUUCUGUUCUACAGGAAGAAAUGUGUCAUUCCUGAUUUUGUAGGCAUUCACACUCUUCCACCUGAUCAUGUAUUUGACAUUUACCCACCAUUACUCUUUCCAAAUGUGUUGUAUUUAUCGGGGUACUUUGUGUUGAAUUUAAAAAAAAUUUUUUUGGAGCAUGUCGGUGUCUCAUCAGCAUUGCUUCAUCAAUGAGGAAAACAAAGUUAGGUAAGAAGAUUACAUCCUUUCAACCCUUUUAUGGACGCGUGUGUCUCUUCCUUUACUGCCCUUACAGUAUCUAAUGUCUUGCAGGAAAAACCUUAAAGGGGAACAACACUUUUUGGGGAAUGCUGCCCAUCAUUCACAAUCACAUCACAUACAGUCAUGGUCAAAAGUUUACAAACCCUGUUUCCAUAUGCGUUGGGAAAUUGUGUUAGAUGUAAAUAUAAAAGGAAUAAAAUGAUUUGCAAAACCUUUUCAACCCAUAUUCAAUUCAAAGACAACAAAUUUGAUGUUCAAACUCAAACUUUAUUUUUUUUUUGCAAAUAAUAAUUAACAUGGAAUUUCAUGGCUGCAACACGUGCCAAAGUAGUUGGGAAAGGGCAUGUUCACCACUGUGUUACAUCACCUUUUCUUUUAACAACACUCAAAAAACGUUUGGGAACUGAGAAAACUAAUGUUGAAGCUUUGAAAGUGGAAUUCUUUCCCAUUCCUGUUUUAUGUAGAGCUUCAGUCGUUCAACAGUCCGGGGUCUCGCUGUCGUAUUUUAUGCUUCAUAAUGCGCCACACAUUUUUGAUGGGAGACAGGUCUGGACUGCAGGCGGGCCAGGAAAGUACCCGCACUCUUUUUUUUACGAAGCCACGCUGUUGUAACACGUGCUGAAUGGGGCUUGGCAUUGUCUUGCUGAAAUAAGCAGGGGCGUCCAUGAAAAAGACGGCGCUUAAACAGCAGCAUAUGUUGUUCCAAAACCUGUAUGUACCUGUCAGCAUUAAUGGUGCCUUAACAGAUGUGUAAGUUACCCAUGCCUUGGGCACUAAUGCACCCCCAUACCAUCACAGAUAUUGGCUGUUGAACUUUGCAUCGAUAACAGUUUGGAUGGUUCGCUUCCCCUUUGGUCCGGAUGACACAAUGUCAAAUAUUUCCAAAAACAAUUUGAAAUGUGGACUCGUCAGACCACAGAACACUUUUCCACUUUGCAUCAGUCCAUCUUAGAUGAUCUCGGGCGCAGAGAAGACGGCGGCGUUUGUGGAUUUUGUUGAUAAAUGGCUUUUGCUUUGCAUAGUAGAGCUUUGCACUUGAAGAUGUAGCGACAAACUGUAUUUAGUGAAAGUGGUUUUCUGAAGUGUUCCUGAGCCCAUGUGGUGAUAUCCUUUAGAGAUUGAUGUCGAUUUUUGAUACAGUGCCGUCUGAGGGAUCGAAGGUCACGGUCAUUCAAUGUUGGUUUCCGGCCAUGCCGCUUACGUGGAGUGAUUUCUCCAGAUUCUCUGAACCUUUUGAUGAUAUUAUGGACCGUAGAUGUUGAAAUCCAUAACGUUCUUCUUAAACUGUUUGACUAUUUGCUCACGCAGUUGUGGACAAAGGGGUGUACCUCGCCCCAUCCUUUCUUGUAAAAGACUGAGCAUUUUUUGGGAAGCUGUUUUUAUACCCAAUCAUGGCACCCACCUGUUCCCAAUUAGCCUGCACACCUGUGGGAUGUUCCAAAUAAGUGUUUGAUAAGCAUUCCUCAACUUUAUCAGUAUUUAUUGCCACCUUUCCCAAAUUCUUUGUCACGUGUUGCUGGCAUUAAAUUCUAAAGUUAAUGAUUAUCUGCAACAAAAAAAAAAUGUUUAUCAGUUUGAACAUCAAAUAUGUUGUCUUUGUAGAAUAUUCAACUGAAUAUGGGUUGAAAAUGAUUUGCAAAUCAUUGUAUUCCGUUUAUAUUAACAUCUAACACAAUUUCCCAACUCAUAUGGAAACGGGGUUUGUACAUACACUUGUAAAUAACAUAAUGUCAUGGCUGUCUUGAGUUUCCAAUCAUUUCUACUACUCUUAUUUUUUUGUGAUAGAGUGAUUGGAGCACAUACUUGUUGGUCACAAAAAACAUUCAUGAAGUUUGGUUCAUUUAUGAAUUUAUUAUGGGUCUACUGAAAAUGUGACCAAAUCUGCUGGGUCAAAAGUAUACACUGCGAAAACUGAAAUCUAAGUAAGAUUAAAUAUCUCAAAUAAGGGUGAUAUUUGCUUAUUUUCUGUCUGAUAAGAUCAUUCUUCUCACUAAGCAGAUUUUUAUGUUAAAGUGUUUUACUUCUUUUAAGGGUUUUGGUCCGAUAUGAUGUCAGUAAGAUAUUACAGCUUGUGGCUGAGAUUUGAUGACCUAUAUUGAGUAAAACAUGCUUGAAACUAGAAUAUCAACUGAUGUAAAGCAGUGUCAUCAACACUCACAAGCACAAAACUACAUUUUAAAGUAAUCAUUUCUUACUUUAAGCAUGAAAAAAAAAAUCAUGAUGCCAAGCGCAUAUCAAGACAAAUGGCUCUAGCAUUUACUUAUUUAGGAAUAUUUUUCAACACAUUGAGCAAAAAGGUCUCUUUUUUUCUACUAAGAAAAGUGCAGUAGUUAUUAGUGAGAAUAUACUUAUUUUAAGGUAUUUUGGGGUUCAUUGUGAUUAGCUAAUUUUACUUGUUUUGGAAAGUCUUGACAAGCCAAAUGUUCUUGUUUUAUUGGCAGAUAAUGUUGCUUAGUUCAAGGAAAAUACCCCUCAUUUUUGUAUUUUAUUAAUUUUGUUUUUGAACACUGACUUUUUGCAGUGUACAUACAGCAAUGUUAAUAUUUGCUUACAUGUCCCUUGGCAAGUUUCACUGCAAAAAGGCGCUUUUGGUAGCCAUCCACAAGCUUCUGGCAAGCUUCUGCUUGAAUUUCUGACCACUCCUCUUGACAAAAUUGGUGCAGUUCAACUAAAUUUGUUGGUUGUCUGACAUGGACUUGUUUCUUCAGCAUUGUCCACACAUUUAAGUCAGGACUUUGGAAAGGCCAUUCUAAAACCUUCAUUCUAGCCUGAUUUAGCCAUUCUUUUACCACUUUUGACGUGUGUUUGGGGUCAUUGUCCUGUUGGAACACCCAACUGCGCCCAAGACCCAACCUCCGGGCUGAUGAUUUUAGGUUGUCCUGAAGAAUUUGGAGGUAAUCCUCCUUUUUCAUUGUCCCAUUUACUCUCUGUAAAGCACCAGUU